AAUAUGCGCGAGUCGUAGCUCUUAAUUGGUUGGUUGGUGCUACCGCAUCAAGAGCCUGAGUGAGUCGUUAUUACCUAGGAUGGCUGGCUGGUUAGGUAGGCUGCACUGCGGUGGUACCGCUUUCCUUCCUCUCCUGUUUGUGCUGUGCUGUGUUGUGCUGUGUGUUGGGUUGUGUUGUUUGUAUUCUCUUUCUUUCUCUCAGUCAUUCUCUCUCUCUCUUUCGCUUUCACACUCUCUGUGUGUGUUCUGUGCAAGAAAAAAAUUCAUAUACUAAACGACAUGUUCGAAGGAAGAACCAAAAGAAGCGCCUCUCGCGCCUGACAUUAUAGUACACGCCCGGAACCAU